AUGGCUUUGACAAGUUUACAAUUGGCAUUAGUCGUUAUUUUUUCAUUAGUUUUAUUAUUAUUAUUAAUUCUAUUGGCGUUUAAAGUAUAUAUAAUACUUAACAAACGUGAAAAAGCAAGUACGGCCAAAAUGAAUGGUAAAAUUGUUAUAAUUACUGGAGCCAAUUCAGGUAUCGGAAAAGAAACGGCUAAGGAAUUGGCACUUAGAGGUGCUAAAGUUAUAAUGGCUUGUAGAAAUAUAGACGUUGCAAAUAAAGUAAAAGAUGAAAUAGUUAAAGAAACAAAGAAUGACAAUGUGAUAGUUAAAAAGUUGGACCUUAGUUCUUUGUCUUCUGUUAGAAGUUUUGCUGAAGAUAUAAAUAAGACAGAAGGAAAAUUGGAUGUUUUGAUUCAUAAUGCAGGAGUUGCGUAUACAUUUGAAAAAGUUGUUACUAAAGAUGGAUUGGAUAUGACAAUGGCUACAAAUCAUUUUGGUCCAUUUUUAUUGACACAUCUUUUGAUAGAUUUGUUAAAAAAAUCAAAACCAUCUAGAAUAGUGGUGGUUGCAUCAGAACUUUAUGUUUUUGCAUUCAAUUUUAAUGUUAAUAUGUUAAAUCCUGUAAGAUUUUGGUUUCCUGCUUAUCUUUAUUACUAUUCAAAAUUUGCAAAUAUUCUUUUCGCACUGGAACUGUCGAGAAAAUUGGAGAACACAGGAGUUACUGUGAAUUGUUUACAUCCAGGAAUGAUCGAUUCUGGAAUUUGGAGAAAUGUACCUUUCCCACUUAAUUUAUUUCUCCUACCGUUAACUAAAGUACUUUUUAAAACACCCCAAGAAGGAUGUCAGACAACUGUCAAUUGUGCAGUCGCACCAGAACUUGCUAAUGUCACUGGGAAAUAUUUUAUGAAUUGCAAGGAACGUGAACUAGCUGGAUUUGUUAAGGAUUGUGCUAAAGCUAAAAAAGUUUGGGAAUUAAGCGAAGAAUUUGUCAAGUUACAAGAAACUGAUCCGAGGAUUUGA